AUGCUGUGGAAUUGGGACCCUAUGGACACCUGCUACCUCACCUCCUCAUGGCACAUCACCAACAACGGCAUGUUUGCCGCCUCCUGCAUCGGCGCCGCUCUCCUCUCCGUCAUGCUCGAAGCCCUCCGGCGCGUCAAUCGGGCAUAUGACAGCUACGUCCUCCGCCAACUCGCGGCACUAAACACUGCCAACGACUUCAAACCUAUCCCUCGGCGAGCGACCGCUCCUCAGCAGGCGGUCCGGGCGGUACUGCACGCGGUGCUCUUUGGGCUGGCGUACAUUCUCAUGUUGAUCGUAAUGGCGGCGAAUGGGUACAUGAUCAUCAGUAUCGUGCUGGGCGCGGGAGUGGGGAAGUUCUUCUGCGACUGGUUGGCGCUGGACGGGGACAGUGAUGUGAAGAGGGAUGAGUGUGUAACGGUGUGCUGUAAUUGA